CGAGCACCGUUACCGCAGCAGCAGCAGCAGCAGCAGCAGAGGUGGUGGUGGUGUGAUCAUGUGACGCGCUGCAUUUCCGACACAACAAUACACACAACACCGUGCUGGUUUUACAUCCACGCUCCCACUCUCUCUCUCUCUCCCCCCCCUCCACGCCUGGCUCUCGGUAUGGCGGACGGCGAGAGGUCUCCUUUACUAUCAGAUCUGGGAGAUGGUGCUCUCGGCAGCAGCGGUAACGGCGGGGUGUCUCCCGGUGCAGCGCCCCACGGUGUGCCCAACAAACCAAUCAACUUCCCUUCGUUCCCCAGCCCCACUCAGCCCUCGGUGCUCCUAGGGGAGGACCCUCCGCCCUACUCCCCUCUCACCUCCCCGGAGAGCGGCAGCGCACCUGUUAUCAGCUGCAGGGUGUGUCAGAGCCUGAUCUCUGUGGAGGGAAAGAUCCACCAGCACGUGGUGAAGUGCGGGGUUUGCAAUGAAGCUACGCCCAUUAAGAAUGCCCCAGCAGGGAAGAAGUACGUUCGCUGCCCCUGCAACUGUCUGCUCAUCUGCAAAGUCACUUCCCAGAGGAUCGCCUGUCCCCGGCCAUAUUGUAAGAGGAUAAUUAAUCUGGGUCCAGUUCAUCCUGGUCCGGCCAGUCCUGACCCCCAGCCAGCCGGGGCCCGGGUCUCCUGUGGACACUGCAGCAACACCUUCCUGUGGACAGAGUUCACAGACCGGACGCUGGCCAGGUGCCCACACUGCAGGAAAGUCUCCUCCAUUGGUCAGAGGUAUCCCCGGAGGCGGAGCUUGUGGUGUUUUCUACUCUGCUUGCUAUUCAGCAUCUCCACCGCCGGGCUGAUGGCUGGAACGUGGGCGAAGGCUCAGACCUACCAGGGGAUCUACGCCUCGUGGGCCGUGCUGCUGCUCCUGGUUCUCGUCACCUUGGCUCGGGCCUUCUACUGGGCCUGCAUGAGGGUCAGCCAGCCCCUCCAGAACUUCACAUAGAGCCUCCUCCAGCCCUGCCGCUCCUCUCUUCCCAACCCGCCAGGCAGAAGGAAAGAUGGCUUUAAAGAAAGAAAAAAAAACACACAAAAACCAGAAUAUUUAUUUAAACCCAAUUCCAGAAAGAGAAAGUUCUCGUCCUCCUGUCCCUUCCCUUUUAGUCAAAUGUGUUUCUAAAACUGGAUGGCGGUGGCAGCGACUGCUAUAUAUCUAUCGGUAAUUAUGAUGAUGCAUAUAGCCUAAUGUACUGUUUAUCUGUUCUAAUCUCGUGGCCAGUGUGGGGUUCAUUUUAACAUAACAAUUGUAACGAUUUUUCUUCUUCUCUUUCCCACUGCGCUGUUUAUAAAUUUUGGCUUCAGUCUGUGGCACAACGGUUGCAACUUCUAAGGCCGAGGGCUUAAAGCCAAGUGUUAGAUGUGAAUAUUGCCCUUGUUUUUGUUUAAGGGGACGCUCCCUCUCCAAUCCUAAUUUGACAUUAGGUUUAGUAUUUGAGCAUUUUACAUUUUUAAAAACCGAAAAAACAAAUAAUUUUGUGAAAAAGCGGCAAUGACGUCAGAUGAAGCUAACACAUCGAUGCCAGCAGAAGACAGAGUGGCUGGAGGGACAUCAGCCCCCCCCUUUUGUGAAGCAAAAGAUCAAGUAGGUGUUGAAAUGUGUCUGCAAAAUUUAAUUCAGCAGUACGUGAAGGUAGGCUAUGAUGUUUUUGAACUCAGUGUUUCUGCUGAAUUACCCCCUGGGACUGACUUUGAUCCAAAGCAGCUUGAAAGCCUUAAAAGGAGGUGUGGUAGAAGGAUUCAACACAUGCAUACACACACAUACAUACACGGCCGCAUAAAUGCAUACCGGCACACAACAAAAGGAGGAUGCUCUUUUUAGAGUUGCAACGACUCACAAACCAGUUUGUCAAAGGCGUUCCAGCCUCUCCCUUCAAAGACAGACCUGCAAACAGAUUUUCUCCAUAUUGGUUGUCCUUAUUUCAGUGAAGGAAACAUGCAUGCCACUUUGCAUAAAAGUUGGAUAUUUAGUUCUGGUCCUUUUUAAAUGUGUAACCCCCAUCUGUCAAGAGAACGGGAUUUAUUUAAAUUUUGAUCUUUUCAUUAUUUAUUUUCCCAUUAUACCUAAAUGCCAACUUCUAUCGCAUAUCUCCGAUUGACAUGUCAUAGCAGAAUGUGGUAUAAUCCUCCCUCCCAUUUUUCAAGAGGCAGGUUUACUUUAUUCCAUACGUCUAUGUGGUUCGUCCUCGGUAGAUUUCGUUCUGCUCGACUUUCCAAAACAGACCAAAAUAUGAAACAAAACACGGAGAGCUAUUUGCUGUUAAAACAUUGAUAUCUGCCUCCUUAGACCCACAAAGCCCUGAGUAUAAGAUGUGUUUUGGAAUUGCUUUCUGUUGUUGGUUGUAAGCUUUCAUGCUUUCAAAGCUCACUUCAUGUUUGUCUUGGGAGAGGACUAAGCUGAAUUUUAAGGGCCUGUCUGUAUGUCUCGCUAGCUGAGGUUGAAUCUGUGAAAGCAAAACAAAUGAUGAGCUUAAAAAUACAAUAAGUCAGGCUUUUCAUAGCUCCUGAUGGCAACCCUCUAAAAUGUUGGGGAUGUACAUCUAAACGCACCAGAGCUCAAAUAACUGAUUGGCAUGAAAGCACCAAUGUUGCUCAACUGUCAAUGUUUUGAUUGCAUUUGCGACCAUUCAUGGUGGAAAAAUAUGUCCAGUUUUUUGUCACUGAAGAUGGGAGGCUGUUCCUGAGCUUUCUUAUUGGUUGGUUCCAGAUGGAGCGUCCACCUUAAAGCCAGUGGAAUAUCUGUAAAAAGAGGAAAGCUCUACCUACCACACAAAGUCUAACGCCAGUCAGAAUAGGUCAGUAACAUAAACACACACUACAUGUUCCAUUCUCACUCAGUGUAAGUCCCAUAGUGACUACUCUGUCUGUGGUUCUGAAUGUGGUAACAUUUCUUUUGUUAUGAAUUAUUUUUUUUGUUCGUUUUGAUUGUAAAUAUAUUUGUUGUUUAUGUACAAUGGAAGCGACUAAGCGAAUUAUGUUGCACUCCGACGAGCUUAACACUACUGCUGUGAUCGCUGCGGACGUUUUAUUUCUUGUUUUUAUGAAGGUUAUUUUUGCAACUCUUCACCUGUUACAUAUUUAAUGAUUGAUGAACUACUAACCUAAUAAGCCUCUGGACACCCGGUCGUGUCCAAAAAAAUCUUUAACCACAAACACAUCAACAUACUCACACCUACAAAACUUCAUUACUGAAUCACAUUCCCGAGCGACGACAUUUCUAUCUCACACACAAACACACUCACCCAGCACCUUAUACAGUAGUGAGAAACACUGCAUACACCAAGUAAGACGAGAUGAAGUUACCCUGCUAGACUGAACUGAGGUCGCAAACAGUUCGAAGUGUCAUGUUAUUUAUUAUACACGCUGCAAAAAAGGCCACAAAUAAGUCAUUCAUCAAGUCCUAAAAUCUUAUUUAUCAUGGAAAAGUACCAAGAACAUUUGUUUUUUUCCUUUUCUGAAAUCAAUACAAUGACCUGCCAGUUUUAAGUUAUGGUCAGUUCAUUACUUUUUAAGAUUGAUAAGAAAAAAAAUAAGAUUAAAGGACAGAGUUGACUUGUUUAAGAAGACCUUUUUUUGCGGUGGAGUGAUCAUGUUUUAUCCAUGACUGCAAAAGAAAUCAAUCAUGUUAAACGCCAAUAAUCAAGAACCUGGCUGAUGCUCUUUUCAGAGUUUGUUUACACACAAAUAAAGACAUGAUG